AUGAAGAAAUAAAAUAGAGAAAUCCUAUCUUUCUUCCUCAAAGCCACACAUUUCUGCCGCUUCUUCUUCUUCAUCUUCUUCUCGUUCUUCCGAUCUUGAGCAGUUUACGGAUCAGAUCGGUCGGAAUCUCGCGUCCUCGGUGGGUCGUGGACCGGAGUGCCGCCGGUUCGUGGGGUGAACGGGGCGGAAAGGGAUCGGUUUGCGUAGGAAUUUUGGAUUCUUGGUUUUUGUGGGUCUUCUCUGAAAGAUUGUCGCGGAAUUGGGAUUACUUUUCGGGGUUUAGCGGUUUUCAGGUAGGAACUUCGGCUCGAGUGCUAAAGAUCGACUGAUCUAGGAUCGCGUGAAUUUUGAAGGUCAGUACGAAUCUUUGGUGGGAUUUGAUGUUCAGAACAAAUAAUGAAGUUGGACAUUAAAGCGAGGUUUCCAAGUCCAUAAAUUACGGAGUUGUUCGUGUUCUUCGCUUCAGAUCUGUGGUUUACAAGAGGAAUUCGCACCGAAGGCGUUUUCAAGAGGGCAAGAUGGCCACCUUUAUUGUUCCUUACGGCCGUUAAAGAUUGUAUUCUAUCUGUUUCUCAGGAGUUGAAGAGUGAGGGCUGCGAGGGAUUGUCUCCUUUUCCACUGGAGUAAAAGCGUCAAAGCCGGGAUCAGAAAUAGCCUUCAUAUUCUAUAUUAGGUGUUGCACCGACCUGGAAUUAGUCUAGAGUUAGGUCCGGAAGAAGAAGAGAUCCGAUCCACCUCCGUUUGUCAUAUACCUUGUGGUCAUGGGGUAACGAAACCUGAAGCAGAGUAUCUGUUUUGUUGUGAUUUUGUCCCAAUUUCAAUCCUUUGCUUGCUUAGCUGUUGGAGUGAAGCUUCAGCUGUUCCCAUAUGUCGGUGGCAAAUGUGAAUAUCUCAUCAGGGACUUCUGGUGAUGUCUUGUACAAGGAACUAUGGCAUGCUUGUGCUGGACCCUUGGUUACCUUACCUCGUGAAAAUGAACGUGUGUAUUACUUUCCCCAAGGUCACAUGGAACAGCUGGAGGCAUCAACAAAUCAGGGACUUGACCAGCAUGUGCCUGUGUUCAAUCUACCAUCAAAGAUCCUGUGCAGGGUGGUAAAUGUUGAACUUCGAGCAGAACCAGAUACAGACGAAGUUUAUGCACACAUUAUACUGUUACCUGAACCAAAUCGAGGUGAGGUCACUAGUCCGGAUCCUCCUUUUUCUGAGCCUGAAAGGUGCAAAGUCUACUCCUUCUGUAAGACUUUAACUGCCUCGGACACAAGCACUCAUGGAGGUUUUUCAGUUCUGAGGAGACAUGCAGAUGAAUGUCUUCCUCCAUUGGACAUGACACAGGAUCCACCUUGCCAAGAACUAGUUGCCAAAGAUCUUCAUCGCAACGAGUGGCGGUUCCGCCACAUUUUUCGAGGUCAACCUAGGCGUCACCUGCUUACAACAGGUUGGAGUGUAUUUGUCAGCUCAAAGCGAUUGGUAGCUGGUGAUGCUUUUAUAUUUUUAAGAGGGGAAAAUGGUGAGCUGCGAGUUGGUGUCAGGAGGCUCAUGAGGCAACUCAAUAACAUGCCAUCAUCUGUCAUUUCCAGUCAUAGUAUGCAUCUUGGAGUUCUUGCUACAGCAUCCCAUGCUAUCACUACUGGGACUCUUUUUUCUGUUUUUUACAAACCAAGAGCAAGUCGAUCUGAGUUCAUCAUAAGUCUCAACAAGUAUAUUGAAGCCAAGAGUCACAAAUUUUCUGUAGGGAUGAGGUUUAAGAUGAGAUUUGAGGGUGAUGAUACUCCUGAAAGGAGAUUUAGCGGUACUAUUGUUGGUGCCAUAGACAAGGUAUCAUCUCAAUGGGCAGAUUCAGAGUGGAGAUCCUUGAAGGUCCAAUGGGAUGAACCAUCAUCUACGCUGCGUCCAGACAGUGUUUCACCGUGGGAGUUGGAGCCACUGAUCGCAGCUGCUCCUCCGUCCGCCCAACCAGUCCAGCGAAUCAAGCGUGCACGAUUACCUGCUUCACCUGUUGGAACACCAGGACCUUCUCCUACGCCUGGUUCUUGGAAAUCCCAAGUUGAGACUACCCAAAUGUUCUCUUUUUCCGGGCCACAAAGAGGUGAAGAGCCAUAUUCAUCAUAUAAACCAGCAUGUAUAUUCUCAUCAGCAUCACAGUCUGGUUCCAUUGGAUUCAAUGCAAGCAAUGCUCCAUCUACUGCUAUCAACAGCCAUGCUCCAUCUACUGCUAUCAACAGCCGCCUAUGCUGGCCAAUCAUGACUGAAACUCAAAGUGACACCUUCUCGGCAAGCAUCAAUAGAGAACCGUGUGAUAGAAAACAGGAAACUAGCAAAGGCUGCAGGCUAUUUGGGAUUCAGCUGAUUGAGAGUUCUGGAAUGGGAGAAAUGUCACCAGUCCCGACAAUUUCGGGGGUUGGGGUGGACCAACCUGCAAUAUCUUUGGAAGUGGAUUCAGACCUACAGUCACGGCCAUCAAACAUUGAGAGGUCUGAUGCACCUGCAGACAACAGUGAGCCGGAGAAGUUAUGCUUAAGGUCAUCUUGGGAGACACAAAGCAGGCAACCGAGGAGCUGCACCAAGGUUCACAUGCAAGGUAUGGCAGUUGGAAGGGCAGUGGACUUGACAAGAUUAUGUGGAUAUGAUGAUCUUCUUUACAAGCUGGAAAACAUGUUUAGUAUUGAAGGAGAGCUCUCUGGUGCAGUCAAAAAGUGGGUGGUUGUCUACACAGACAAUGAGGAUGACAUGAUGUUGGUUGGUGAUGACCCUUGGCUUGAGUUCUGCAGCAUGGUGAGGAAGAUAUAUAUUUACACAAGCGAAGAAGCCAAGAGACUUUCUCCUAAGAGGAAGCUGCCACCAGUCAUUGGUGAGGUUGUCAAGUCUGGUUCAAAGAAAGCCUUAUUUGAUGCUGAUGCCGACACGAAUGCAGCCGCCGGGCUGAAAGGUCUUGGAGGCCAGGAUGAUGUUUCUGGUUAGGAAUCACUGACGUACCUUCUCCCCAUGUAGGAAUGCAAUUGUCCAUGCUGUUUUUGGUAGCGGUUUGGCCAUUAGUAUGUGGCACCAAUAUGGGCUCUUUGAUUGCCAAGGUUGCUGUUGCACCAGUUGCCAUGUUGUGUCUGGUGUUCGUGAUGCGGAUAAAUAUACAUCCUUAUGGUUAUGGUCUUUCUUUCAAGCCUGAAAUGGGCUACUGCCUGAUGCCGAGGAAGAAGAACAAUGCAAUUAGGGUAGGGGGUAACAAGCAUAACACCUUAUAUGUUUCUUCCCUCGUUGAUAAAUGGAUUAACCGUCUAUGUUUAUACAGUCGAUAUGUUGCUGCUUUUGUUCUAUGUGGUGAAAUUUGCUUGUAAAACUAGUUUGCAUGUGGUGACUCCCCUUUGUUGA